UGUGUGUGUGUGUGAGUGUGUGUGAGCGUGUGCAUUAUAGAGUCAGAGAGAGAAGCCACCAGGUCUUCGUCUCUGAGUCUUAUUGUCUGACCGAACAGCCAACUUGAUGUAAUUUAAAUCGUCUCCAGGAAACUUUCAAACAUUUGAUCGACAACAGAAAGAUCUGGAGACGCAGCAAACGCGACUUAAAACCAGAAGCAAGCGUGUUCAGUCGGAAAAUGCACAGCAUGGCUGUUCAGGCUGUGCUCGCCGUCGUCCUCCUUCUGUUCACCGCCACCGUCAUGAGCGCUGAAGGAGGAAUAUCAUUCUGGAGGACAAAAGUCACAAUGACCUGUCCAGAGGAAGGGACGUGGCACCAAAAUAAAGGACAGCAAAACUCAGAAGACAAAGGGGCCAAUGCUAGUAACAAAAAACAGCAUGAAAUGGAGUAUGACAGUAUCAUCAACUACCGCUGUGACUACGACGAGCCCGACGGGGGAAGUACUGGUAAAAAAUAUUAUUUCUACGCAGAAGGAAAGGUGUGCAAGGACUGCUUUGAGCUGGACUCACAACUAGUCCUGCUGGUCAUCAUUGCGGACGUGCUCGGGACAAUAUGUUUGAUUGCAAUAAUGUACAACUGCAGCAAGAAGAAAGGCUCAGCCGGACCUGCUCCCUCUUCCAGAGCACCUGCUCGUCAAAGAGGCCGAGAUCCACCUGGCACAUCCUCUGACUACGAGCCGCUGAACCGAAGCACCGUCGCCCAGGGAACGUACUCCGUCGUGAACAGGACGGGAUAGAAACAGCGACUCAUCCGGCCGCUCCAGGUUUUAAAGGCUGCACGGAUGAAGGAAACGUGCACAAGAGAGCAUCGAGCGUGCUCCCGGUAGCUGCAGCCACUGGCUUCGUUUUGACAUUUUGGAUUUGACGAGUCACUUAAAUGAAAUUUAUCCUUCACCCCUGGAACCAUAGUUUGAGUUUCACUUGUACAGAUAUUUUUCUACCACAGCAGAGGAUGAUCUGCAUUUAAUUUGUGCUCCCGACGGCAUUUAAAAAUUACAGUUCCUCCUUUCUUCUGACGGACUAGUCCCUAUGGAGAAGUGCUGAGUGUGCUCACAGGGUUAUUUACCGUAAUAGGGACUUUGUGUAGCUGUCAGUCAGUCCACAUAUUUGCUUUUUGUUUUCUACUAAAUGUGUCGUGACUCCAUGUGUUGUAAAUUAGAGUGCAUGCAAACUAUUUAGUGAACAGCUAAACAAAACAAAAAAAACCUAAAAGCUAAAAUGUUCAACUCCAGAGUUACUAUGUAUAUUUUGUAUUCAUGAAAUAUUAGUAAGUAGUCAUUUCAUAAAGACAUCACAUCUGUCUCUAUAGAAGGGUGGCGGAACAA